CCGUAGCCAUUGGGCUCAAGACGGCGGGCCGCGCGCGCGGUCUCUUCCCUUUUGCGAUGGGGUCGGACGACCUCUGGGAGCGGAUGGCAGCGCUGCCCGUGGCCCAGGCGGCUUUCGGCGCGGCGGCGGCGGCGCUGGGGGGCCAAGGCGGCACCAAGGCGCUGUCCGUGGUGGUCGCGGCGGCGGCGCGCGGAGCGGCCCAGGGGGCCGCCGCGGGCGCCGCUGGAGCAGGUGCUGGCGCUUCGGACUGCAGCGGAGGGGCCAAGGGCGAGAUCGAGCUGCUCGCCGAGGUCCUCGACGCGGUCGGCGAGAAGUCGAACUUGGAGUGGCCAAUCUCGGUCCAGGACGCCAAGGGCAUCCUGCGGGACGGCGGGGCGCGGUCGUUGGCCUCCCGUCUGGGGAGGCUUAGCAAGGCGCGCAACGCCAGGGGCCAUCCCGACGUAAGCCUGGCGAGGGAGGUGCGCGCCCACUUCGUCGCCAAGGCUGCCGGCGGCGACAACGUCCAGGAGCACCCAGAGCCGAUCGCGAGGGCCUCGACGGUCAACGUGAAUGGCAACGGUGAGAACGUACAGAUGAAGUCGAAGCAGGACGUGGGCAAGGUGAAGCAGGCCCAGGAGCUGAAGCUGCACCUUGUCGGCAGUGAUCAACUCCCCGUGCAGAUCUUCGAGCCCGAGCUCGAGAACAAGUGCGUGGAGCUGCAGAUGAUGAAGGCGGAGCUGGCGGCAGAGACGGCAGCCAGAGCUGCGUCGGCAUCAGAAGUGGAGAAGUUGCAACAGCAGGUCGUGGCUCUGCACACGAAGCUGGACAGCAACGCGGCGAAGGCCUCCGAGUAUAAGGACAUGGUCGCGGGGCUUGAGGCUGAACUUGCGGCCGCGAGGGAGGCGAUGGCUUCGGCGACCACGGGCAGCCAGCAGCUGGCGGAGCAGAUCGUGGAGCUGCAGGCCAAGAAGGAGGAGGCGGAGCAGGUGCAGAUGCGCCUCCGCGAGGCGCUCGCUGACGCCGAGCGGAGGAUCGAGGAGGAGUCGAGCAGGGCCGCCGAAGCCGUCGAACUCUGUCAGGGGGCGUUCCAUCUGGCACGGGAGGCGGCGACAGGCAGUGGCUCCGCGUCUGAGUCGGCGUCGAGACCGUCGAGGACGAAGCGGCGCUGAGGGACGCUGCGCCUAGGGGCGCACGUGUGCCGCGCGGCCGUCGGGACGCUGGGCGCGGCUCGGAAAGCUGGGGCCUGGUCUGGGCCGUGUGGUCCCUGGUUCGGGGCUCCCUCGGGGCGGCCGCUGGCGGCUUCUGGGUCGGCUCCGUGGGGCGGCGGGUUGCCUGGUUAUGGCCUCCUUCCUCGGGGGGCCAUUGCCUGGGCAGCUUGCCUUUUCGGGUUUUUUUUUCUGGCCCCUCGUCGCCGUCUCGAUGGGCCUCCGUCGGGCCCCCGAGGCAACAAAACUGGUUCGGCCAACGGUGGCCCCC